AUGGAAAUGGAGAACCGCCAAGAAAAUAAUGUGAAAUCAACCGGGAUCAGUCACACCAAGUUUAAGAUCACACAGUUCGGCAAAAAUGGUACAAGAAAAGUGUCGCGCUCAUGCUUUGCUCGUGGGAAGCCAGGCCACGUGGCCAGAGAUUGUCGGGCCCCACAGUCGCAAGCGGUGACGGUGAAAGUAGUGACGGCAGUAGCAGAAGCCGAGGGAGCAAAGACUGACAAAGAGUUUGGCGAUUACGUCGGUUAA